AUUUCGCGACAUAUCGUUCGGGAUAUUAAUCUGGAUUUUGUUAUUGCUUUGGACACGCUCUUAGAGGCUUUCUAAAGAGCGUUAGAGACGGAAAUGCGUCUAAACGUCUGUGUGGAGUAUUUCAUCGCUUUUAUAUUUAUUAUUUUAAACAAAACUGUCAGUGGUCAGAAAGAACUACAGCCCCCCUCUUCUGCAAUACCUCUGAUAGUUGCUGAGCUCUCCGGCAGCAGUGUGUUCCUGAAGUGUACGUUUGCUGACAGUAGUGGGAACAGUUCUCUGGGAUAUGUGGUGACAUGGUGGCGACUCUCGCCCGAGGGCACCAGAGAAGAGCUCAGGAAAGACACUACAAUAGAGACCUUUGCUUUCAUUGAGCUGGAUGGAAUUAAUCUGCGACUGGGAGACAGGAUCCAUUGCAGUUGCACUAGUUUUUUUCUGGAGUCUCCCGAUAUGCAAAGCCUUCCUGUGGAGAGUGAAGAGUUUUACGCAGGCAUCCAAAUGAAACCACAAGCUGUCUCUAUUUCAGAAGAUGGGAGAGAGUAUGAACUGAUAGUGGAGACCACAGUACCUUUACCAUGUUCCUCACAGAGAUGCACUUUGCUUUUGCAUCUUACUUCUAGUAAUCAAGAUUUGGCUCCAGUGGCAGAUGAGAAGGGCCUUGGCGUUGAUUUAGUCCUGUCCUCCUGUGAGGUGGAGCUGUCUCAAACCCCAUGUCAUAAGGGAGUCUGCAGUCAGGCAUCUGUGCACUACAGUGCAGUUACUGAUAUAUGGAAUGAUGGAGACCGAAGCACAGAAAUACACAUCAAACCCAUAAUCAGCACCAACUUCCUGUGGAACGGCUACACGCCUCAAAGUGUGUUGGCACCAAGUAGCAGCUUGUUUGACAAAAUCCCCACCUAUGAAACCAACUCCAGUCUUCCUGAGUACUGCCAAUGUCAACAAGAGAAACACCAAUCAUCCAGCGGAGCAUCACCUCAGUCCACCGUUUCCUCUAAGUGUUCUUCCUCUACCCGCAUCCAAUCUCCCUCCAUCAUCCCUACACUGGAUGUAACAGCUGAGUACAUGAAGUCUGCGCAACUUCAUAGAGAGACGUCUAUCCCUCCCCGUAGACCGACGCACUACCGUCCAGCACAGCGAAGCAGAACAAACACCCAGAGAUCCCAAAUUCAGAAACGUGUUAUGAAUCCCCAAAGAUCCCAGAGUCAAAGACGUGUUAUAAACCCACAGAGAUCCCAAACUCAGAGACGUGUCCCAAGCCGAAGCUCCAGAUCAUCUCCAAAACAACCAGACCUUGAGGAGUCCACGUAUAAUUUCCCAGAGGACCAUUCUUCAUCGAAUUCACCUGAACCACUGGUACCAUCCUGGCCUACUGAGUCAGGCCUGACAGAAUCCAAGGCUUGGCGGCUCUGCGAAGGAACCCUGAGGAACUCCACGGUGGGGUUGGGUUGUGGGCAUCUCCUGGGUGAGAUUUUGGAGCAGGCAUUGGAAAUGUGUGUAUUAGACCAACAACUGAAGGAUGAUCAGACCUGGAUAGGAGCCACCAUGCCCCUCCUGGAGAAUGAGUGUGAGAGGAGGGUGGUAGAGGAUGUUGGCAGGAGGAAGGAAAACCAGGACAUUCUGGCCUCCCUUAGGUGCCCGAGCUUGUGUAGCGGGAACGGACAGUGCACAGAUUGGGGCUGCUCGUGCUUCCCUGGAUUUGGCUCUUAUGAUUGUAGCCAGGUGUCUGAUGAGACUCCAGAGAUCACAGAAUUGGAGAAUGGAGGACUGUGUGAUGUCCGUUAUGGCGUCUGUUCCUCUGUUAGGGUUCUUGGUCAAGGCUUUAAAAAGUCCUACAAGCUCAAGUGCGAAGUGGUGAAGGAAAAGAUAGUAGACGGUGAAUGGUCUUUGGAUGAUGCUCGAUUGGUGCCCGCCUCCUUCCAGAGUUCUUCCUCAUUAGAGUGCCAACUCUCUUUGGAUGACCCACAAUCCUCCUCCACUGCUCACCAACCAGUCUUACGCUGGCAAAUCAAAGUGUCUAAUGAUGGACACAGCUUCAGCAAUGCAAAGAUUCUGACUCUUUUUGAUGGCACAUGUCAGAUUUGUACGAUCAGCACCUCGGUUAUCUGCUCACUAAAGAACAGAACAUGUAAUAUUGAUGGCCUGUGUUAUGGAGAGGGGGAUCACAGCCCGAGCAGCCCAUGUUUGACAUGCAGACCGCGUCUUUCCACGUACAGCUGGUCCGUUGCUGAGAAAAACGAGCCACCUGUGUUUCACACUGAUCAGUCCAGUCUGAAGACAUUCUAUGGAGAGGAUUUUGUCUAUCAGUUCUCAGCCACUGAUCCGGAGGGCUCUGCGGUUCUCUUCACACUCAAGUCAGGACCCAGAAAUGUUGUUCUCUCUCCAGCUGGCCUGCUCAUCUGGAAAGCUCUGUCCACCAAACCGGUGACCUUUGAACUGGCUGUAACUGAUGACUGUAAUGCAGAGACACGUGCAGCGGUGAAGGUGUCAGUUCACCCAUGUGACUGUGAGAAUGGAGCUUCCUGUGUGACCAACAUUAACUUCCCCCCGGGGACUGGUGAAUACCUGUGUGUUUGCCCUGCUGGUCUGGAGGGGGACAGGUGUGAAGUUGAUGUGGAUGACUGCAGGUCAAACCCAUGCUUCUCUGGAACAUGUGUGGAUGGACUGAGCUCCUUUACCUGCCACUGUCCAGAGGGCCUUACAGGUGUAAUCUGCGAUGAGGACAUUGAUGAAUGCUUAUCAGUUCCAUGUUACCCAGGUGUUUCUUGCAGAAACACGAUGGGCUCAUUCUUAUGUGGACUCUGUCCUGACCACCUCACUGGAGAUGGAAAGACCUGCAGCCGGCAGAGCCCAUGUGCCAGUCGGCCAUGUUAUCCUGGAGUCCAGUGCUUUGAGAGCACAUACACAUCUGCUGGUUACAUAUGUGGUCCCUGUCCUCCUGGGCUCAGCGGCAAUGGACAAACAUGCUUGUCAAGGACCGCAAACAGGCAGACACCAUUCAGAAAGGGUGACAAGCUCUCUGAUGUCCCUUCCUCUUUGGCCACACCCUCAGCUGAACGUCCUAUUGGAGCUGAACGAUCUCCUCCUAGGAACAAGUGGACCUCAUCUGUUGAUAGGAAGACCACCACACACACCCUAGACCAGAUCAACACGAAUGCAAAAGCAAGUUCAAGUAGAGAGCAGCUGAAUGAAGAAGAAUUGAACCCUGAACACGCUGAGGAUAACAGAACCUGUGCGGACUCCCCGUGUUUCUCUGGAGUACCUUGUGAAGCGGCUUCCUCUGGCUCCUUCAGAUGUGGAAACUGUCCACACGGCUAUAAAGGAAAUGGAAUUACCUGCAAACCUGUGUGCCGUUACCCUUGUGGUCAGAAUAUGGAGUGCUCACAGCCCAACACUUGUACCUGUAAAGAGGGUUACACUGGAUACAACUGCCACAUCGCUGUGUGCCGACCGGACUGCAAGAACAAAGGAAAGUGUGUGAAGCCCAAUGUGUGUGAAUGUCCUGCAGGGUACAACGGCCCCACCUGUAAUGAAGCCAGCUGUGAUCCGCCUUGUCAACACGGUGGCCGCUGUUUGUCCAGAAAUUACUGCACUUGCCCUUACGGCUACGUGGGACCAAGAUGUGAAACUAUGGUGUGUAACAGACAUUGUGAAAAUGGCGGCGAGUGUGUGUCGCCUGAUGUCUGUAAGUGUAAGCAAGGCUGGUAUGGACCAACGUGUAACUCAGCCGACUGUAAGCCUUUGUGCUUAAACGGAGGGACUUGUAUCAAACCAAACAUCUGUGCUUGUCCUAGUGGCUUCUAUGGUUCACAGUGUCAGAUAGCUCUGUGUAGUCCACCAUGUAAAAACAGAGGCCAGUGCAUGAGGAACAACGUGUGCUCCUGUCCUGAAGGAUACACUGGGAAGAGAUGCCAGAAAAGUGUGUGUGACCCCAUGUGCAUGAACAACGGAAAGUGUGUCGGUCCAAACACCUGUUCCUGUCCAUCUGGGUGGAGAGGAGAGAUCUGCAACAUCCCGGCAUGUUUACAGAAAUGUAAGAAUGGUGGAGAGUGUGUGGGGCUGAACACAUGUCACUGUCCAGCUGGAUGGGAGGGUCUGCAGUGCCAAACUCCAGUCUGUAAACAAACGUGCCUCAAUGGAGGGAGAUGUGUGUUUCCAAAUUUCUGUCACUGCCGUCAGGGUUACACUGGACCUUCCUGUGGUACUAAAACUAGGUGAUGAAGAUCUGAAAUUGAAGACAAC